UCAAUGCACGCCUAUGGCUGGCAGGGGACGUGGGAGAGGAAGAGGAAAAAGUUCCAUACCGGGUAUAUCAGAGGCUCUUGGUGUAAGACGUGAGGAUAUGCCAACUGCUGCAGAGAAGCCGCCACCGCUGUUUCCACCUUUACUGUUUCAACCUUGUCCAUUGACCGAUUCUGAGGAAGAAAAUUACAGACUUAUUCUGAAGCAGCAACUAAGAGCUGCAAUGAGAACGUCCCCAUAUUAUGUCAGGGCAGCCACGUCAAAGAAAGACAUAGAGAGAUACUCAGACAAAUAUUGCAGUAAGGAACGUGGCAUUUCAGAUAAUCAUCUUGAUUGGCAGCCAGACUGGAGACUCUUUCCUAAAGAGCUGAAAAUGAGGGUUCGAAUGAAGGUUACGACUGGUAGUAAGAGGCAAGCAGUUUGUGCAAAGCCCAAACUUGUAGCCCGAGACAAGACAGAAAAACAGAAUGAUGACAAAGAUGAUGUUGAUGGAAAGACAGAAGCUACCAUAGACGUGAAUAAACAGCUUGAGGAACUGGAAAAGCAAGAAACUAGUGCAUCUGAAAAUGAGAAAAAAGAAGAGAAUAAUCCUGAAGAGGUAGACGAGGAAAAUGAUUACAUCGAAGAGGAAGUAGAAGAGGAAAAUGACUACAACCUUACCUACUUCGACAAUGGCGAAGAUUACAUUGGAUUUGAAGAUGAUGAUGGACUGGACGAUGGUGGAGCAUAUUACUAGUUCUAUUCGUAUAAAUAUUUCAAUGAGUAUAGAAAAUUCUCAC